AUGGCUGAACACAAUAUUCCGGCAUUCAUCCACUAUGAGGACAAGCGAUCUGUCAACCCUGUUGCCUUCAAGCCGUUAAUCCAAGCACGGCUACACGCCACAACUUUCAUCUCCGACCGCUGCCCCAUGAUGCACAUGCGUGGCCAAGCGUGGUCCAAUGUCAUACAUAAAAAAAGGCUAACGUGCCGCACUACCCCUCCGCUGCGGUCCCCACGUACAAGCGGCCACCCCGCGGGAUGCAGAAAACGAAGCUCUGUGGCCGUAUUAAAUAAGCAGGAGUUUAAACUAUCUCCAAACCGUCCAGGCGGAAGCCCCCUCAUCCUCACUCCAACCAGCUCGGCCUUGCACACGCAUGUCCCACGCACAACAGCGUGA